CAGGAUUAACAUAGGUUCAUCAACUUACUAUCCUUAUUACUGAAGACUGAACAGUGAAGUUAUUCAUUCACAUAAAUGCCUUAUUUAACAACGAUGUGAGCGCGUGAAUGUGAGGGAUUAAAAAUAUCUUGAAAACGUUCAGUUGAAAUCGCUCGAUUUUCAACUGUGGACUACCCGUUAGUUUUCCGACCCAUUUACUUACAGCCUGAAUUUCCAGUCUGUUUUAAUCCAGUUGCUUUGUUAUUGCUAACUAUUGCAUUUACUUCCCAUAUCUGAUACUUUUUAUCUGAGGAAAAAUUCGUACAAAUUCGUGGGUGAUAUUAGAUGUAUCAUUAACUGAACUUGACUUUGUAAUUUGUUCCAAUGUCCAUCUUAUCUCAAUAGUUUCCAUACAUUAUCAUUCGUAAUUAUAACAUAAUACAAGAUGAAUAGUGAUAGUGCUACCUUGUCGACAUUGGAUACAUUAUUCACUAGUUCAACAUUUGAUUCAUUUGAUGUUCUGUAUACAUUACUAUUUGGACUUCUUGUAUUUUGCAUUAUGGCACCGACUACAGAGUUUAUUUCUGCUGGUGUAACAUUGGAGAAUUUGUUUAAUCGAUUUCUUGGUAAUGAAAGUCAAUACUUUGUACAGUAUCAUUUAAAAAGAACUGUAAUGGUACGGUUAUUUUCAUCGUCUUUAGUCUUUUUGUAUUUUAUGUUCAUGCAGUUUCUGUCCAAAAAUGUAGCAGUUUCUGCUCCAAAUAUUUCAUUUCCAUUUACAAUUUGGGAUGUUAUUUUAUGGAUUGGCAUAGGCGGUUUAUCUAUCAUCGGAUCACAUACUUAUCUAGUUUGGUAUGGAUCUGGUACAUGGUAUGGUCAUCCAACAAUUUUAUCGUUGAAACAGACUAUUAUGGAAUCACUACCUGAUUCACAAUCGUCAUCUUCAACCACAGCAUCAUCAUCCUUGUCAAAUGGCGCAUUUGGUGUCGCUCUAAAAGCUUUGAUAUCUUCAAUAAAUUCUGAAUAUCAACGUUCUGACAAAUUCGUAGCAGGUCAAGGAAGUUUAUCAACUAAUUGGUCUGGUCGGCGAUUUGUUAUCACAGAUUCAUGGAUUUUAACUUCACGUUUUACUGAAUUCAAAAUAGUUAAACAAUCUUCAGAAAAUAUGUUAGCUGUUGUUGUUUCAGCAUUUUCAGUUCUGGAUCCAAGCUCCCUAACUCAAGAUGGUCAACCUGACGGAGAAAGUCUCGGUGUGCAAACAAUUGUUACAGUGAGAUUUAUACGUACAGAUACAGGAGUGUGUUUGCUUAGUUUUGGAUUUCCAGCGUCGAAUUUAGAUGAGUUGCGCAGUAAACUACGUUUCCCUUUAAUACAAGCACAAGGUGUACAAUUGGAGCCAACAAUUAUCCAAAGAUUUAUUGAAGCAUUUGCACAAGUGGUUGAUGAAAAUCAACCGGUAAACCUACCAUCUGGCUAUGAGUUGGGACAGUGCAUUGGAUGUAUGGUACAACAAGUUAAUGUCACUUUAAAUCGUCAAUGUGAAAGUUCACUCACCUCUUCUUCAUCAUCAUUAGCAAAUAAUAGUAAUCAGUCGUUAAAUAAUAAUCAAUGCGGUAUAUGUUAUUGUAGACCAUUAUGGUGUUUAGAAUGUUUAGCACGUUGGUUUGCUUCAAGACAAAGUAAUAUGCAUCGUCCAACAACCCAAUGGCUUUCUGGACGUGUGCCUUGUCCAACAUGUCGCACAUAUUUUUGUGCUCGUGAUGUAUCACGACUUAUUAUUUCUCAUCAACAAUUGGACUGAAAAUGUGCUUCAUUUGUGGUACCAAUCGGUUUUCGCCUUCUACCCAUAUUUCGUGUACACUUGAACAAUUC